CUGCUGAACAAAAUAGAGCAAAGUGGUGAAGGAGCUUUAGAUUUAUGUCUCCUCCGCAUGCAAAGACUACAGCAGAUCAUGCAAUGUGCUAAACGUGUUUUCAAUAUACCACAAGACAUCAUUGAUCUGAUCGACAAAGCUAUUGUUCUUUCCAUCAACAUUCAAGAAUUGCAUACAGCAUUACCUCUCAUGCCAGCGAAGACUGUUCAUGAUGGAGGGCGACACAGACCAACAUACGACAUUGCUGAAGAACAACUAAGGUACUUAGUUUGUGAAUUGCAACUAAGUGUCAGUGACUGCAGUGCAAUACUUCAAGUUUCCAGACAGACGAUAUACAACCGUAUGACAGCAUUCCAGAUCCCAAAACGAUGCGAGUUAUAUAGAAGUAUAGAUGACAAUGGCCUGGAUGAAGUGGUGAGAAACAUCAAGCAAGAAUUUCCCAAUGCUGGGCUGCGCAUGACAUUGGGAUUAUUGAGAAGUAGGAAAAUUUAUGCUGCACGAGACCAAGUCAUGAAAGCUCUUUGGAGGGUUGACCCUGUCGGAGUAUUUUCUAGAAGCCUUCGUCUCAAUGUAAUAGAAAGGCAUGAGUAUAGCAUCCACCUUCCAAUGCUACUCUGGCACAUUGAUGGUUAUCAUAAAUUGAUAAGGUGCAUUUUUAGCUCACCUUGA